AUGAAUUUUAACAAUAUUAUCCAAGAAGGUGAACAAUUAGCUGCUUCUCAAGGUGGUUCCCAAGGUGGUUCCGGUGGUUUAGGUAGUUUACUCUCUGAAGGUGAAAAAUUAGCUGGUGGUUCUUCAGGUUCAGGUUCCGGUUCCGGUUCAAACGUUAACUAUGGUCAAUUAGCUGAUGAUGCUAAAAUUGCCUACGGUGAUUUCUCUAAACAAGAUGGUGGAUCUUUCACUGAUCAUGCUGAACAAACUUACAAGGAUAUCCAAUCUAACCACUCUUCUUCAGGUAACUCUGGUAACUCUGGUAACUCUCAAGGUGGUAACCAAUAUUAG